UGAAUACCAAUAUGAACACCAAUGACGGACAAAAUCGUGAAAAUGUCGUCAAUAAUGCAACAAAUAAAACAAUACAAAAAGGAAAAGUUCAACAGAAGCUAUACACACUUUCCAUCGUUACAAUCAUGGUCUCCAUUAUUACGAUCGUGGUUUCCUUUCCCAAUAUCCUGGUAGGAACUCUGAUCAUUAUAUUUAAAGGAAACGUGAAACUUCCUCACUCACCCAGCGGCCCUAUAUGGUCUGGAGCACUGGUGCUUGUAUGUGGUAUACAAUGCCUCUUACUUUCCUGGAUGGGCUUUGGUUAUAUUGAUUUGCCUCCAUCUUCUUCUCCCAAUCAUAUGAGGACGUGCAAUGAUGUAGGCAAGCCGAGCGUGUUCAUGACUAUUCUGUCUCUUUUAUUCUUUGGAUUUUUUGUUUUAUAUUGUCCUUGGAGUCUUGAUGCUCAAGAUCAUUGUACUCUUAAUAUAGAAGAACAAAUGUUAUUGAACCUUCUAGCAAUCGUUAUCUCUCUCAUAAUUAUUAUCUGUAGUAUUGUGAGAAUUAUUCUACUUCGUUCAAGUGAUAAAGCUUUAGGAACUGCAAAACACCAUCAACGAGUUUUAUAGAAGGUUUAGAAUUGCAGGAAAAAGCAAGCAAAGGAGUUUAAAGGACUAUAACCACAGCAACGGUGAAAUACGGAGAUCGAGAUCACAGAGUAUGAAUUCAUAUUAUCAAGAAUAUGGAUCAUCGUUUUAUCCUAAUUUCUCGCUGCAGACAAUUCUCUAUCACACGAAAAGACAAAUCCUUAGAGAAAAAAGUGAUCGAAAACAUUCACAACCUGUA